UUUAUUUAUCAACUUAGCAUUAACAAAUUUUUGCUUUCACUUAUAUACUCAGUGCUCACUGAGCAUGUAGCUCAAUCUUAAGUAAUAAAAAAAAAAAUUCUUUCCAUAAAAAAAAAAUAGCAAAAAUUGUAAUAAUAACAGUGUCAAACAAUAAAAAAUCAAGUAAUUUUGAAGAUGUCUUUUGGGAUCAAGCCAGAUCAAGCCAAUGCUUCGGAGACAUCCGAUGACUCUGGAGUAGUUUUCGAUAAUCAGAAAUCAAUGAAGUCACCUGUUGCUACUGAAACGACUCAAUCUCCUGAAACUACAGUUAAUCAGACAUUGGAAACAAACACCACAACAUUUGGGGCUAAUAAUAAUGAAACUUUAAAAGCUAAUAAUAAUGAAACUUGUGGAAACAUAUUAUGGUCCAAGACAGCUGCAAAGACAACAGCUGCAACAGCGGGAACUACCGCAGAAACUUCAGUGACUUCAUCAUCUGUUUUUGGCACUGUAACGACAACCCCUGCAGCUAUUGCUCCUGCAACAGCUAAUAAUCAGACCUUACAAGCAGCUAAUAAUAUUCAAACUUUUGGGUCAACCAAUAAUCAGAAGUUCGGAGCAACUAAUAAUCCUGCUUUUGGAGCUGCAUUUGGUUACAUUUACGUUCCAAAUACAGCAAACUCUCUUGGAAUAGCAAAUCAGAUUUAUGGAAUACAAAGUCACAGCUAUGGAAUCCCAUAUCGGCAUUUAGGAUUAUCGAGUCAGAAUUUCGGAGCAAAUAAUACCAAUGCCGCAGUGAGAGGUGCCUCUGGUACCACAUCUGCACCAGAUACAACUAACACUCAAACUGUCGGAACAGGAAAAGAUCAGAACUCCGUAACAACUAAUAACAAUACCGUUUCUGGAAGUGGAUUUGCUUCCAUGACAGCUUCAAACACAACAAAUAGUCGCACGUUUGGAACAGCUACGAAUCAAAGUUUUGGAGUUGCAAAUAAUCAGAAUUUCGGAACAACUAAUGACAAUAAUGCUUUUGGAGUUGCAUUUCGUGCAAUGUCUGCAAAUGCAACAAAUACUCAACAAAUGGGAGCCGCUUCAGCCGGAACUGCAGGUACCGCAGGUGGAUUUGGUUCCAUGUCUGCGCCGAACGCAACAAACAUUCAACAAUCAGGGUUCGCUCCUGGAACAGCAGGUGUCGCAGGAAUAUUUAGUUCCAUGUCUGCACAAAAUGCAGCAAAUGCUCAGGCUUAUGAAGCAGCUUAUAAUCAAGUCUUUGGAGCUCAGAAUAAUCAAAGUUUCGGAACAAAUACGGCGAAUAAUCAAACUUUUGCGGGCGCUUCAUCUGCCAUGCCAAAUAACGCAGGUGCACAAUUUGGUUCCUCAACGACGAGAAAUUAUUGGAAUCAAUCCGGAUUGAAUAAUACACAGCCUUUUCAAAGGCCCUUCGCUCCAAAUAAUUUUGGAAAUAACGCAAACAAUGAUGAAGAAACAACGGCACAGAAAGGCAACCAAGUCAAGCUGGGCACUACAAAUAUAAACAUUGAUGAACCGAUCGUGAUAACAGGUUACAAUGACAAUCUCGGAAUAAGUAAUAGCUGGUUAUAUCCGAGUUUGUCUCGUGGAAUGUUCGAUAAUCCAUUCAACUGUAAUCCCAACGGUCCCGCAAAAUUAAGUUCAACGAAUAUAACGAUUCACCAACCUAUCACGAUAACGGAACAAAAGGCGUUUGGUGUCCAAUCCAACUCCCAGCCGACACAGACAGUGUUUGGCGUGCCGGUCACUACUACAUCAUCUAACGGUUCGCUGUCAACUACAAAUAUAACUGUCAGAAAACCAAUAAAUUUGUCCGGGAGCUCCAAUACAUUCAAAUUCGGCAUUAACCCAACGCAGGCGACUACUUUUGGAUCCUUCAACGCACCAAUCACGACAAACGCAUUGGAAAAGCUGUGCACCACAAAUAUAAACAUCAAUAAACCGAUUUCCAUAAAUGGUAAUUCCCACCCCCCAGGUCGCAAUCCGCUUUGUGCUCAUAAUUGUCAUAUUUGCCGACUAUAUUAAUUUAUGUUAUAAAAUAUUUUAAUGUUCCAAAAAAAACUACAUGACAUCAUAUAAUUAUAAUUUUGUCGUAUUGCAAUAUUUAACUUAACGCUUAAAGUAAGCUGAGGAUCAUUCCAGCAUAUUACAAUUAUGAUUAUUAUUUUUAUCUUAAAUUGUAUUGAAAAUACUUUAUUUUUUAUAAUUUACAUCGAUGGCAUUUAUAACUGAUUAAAAAAGAAUAGUGAAUAAGGAGGAAAAUAUUAGAAUAACGUUUCCUGUCCACGUACUUGACGUACGCACUAAACGUGUCCAAUGAGAAUAGAAAGAUACCGUAAUCAUGUUACAACUUAAAUAUAAAUUAUUCAUUUACGAAAAUCUACCAAAAAGUUUUUUCAUGCGUACUUAGUAGUUAAGAAUAUUUAUCUGAUUGUCUACUCAUUAUAUAUUACCGUGCAUCGGAAUGACAUGACUGAUUUUAUUGAUAAUUUUUUUUUUUUUAAUUAUUUUAUGUUUUUUGUCUAUUGGUCUAGUAAGUAAGUACUAAAUGAUUGUGCAACGUGCUAAUCAUAAAUGGCCGAUCAUCUUGAUUUUUUAAUUAAAAUUACCAAAUAUUUAACCAAAGGUAUUAAUUAGUACUUAAUAUUUAAUGAAUAUUUUAAAUUAAUAAUAGUUUAAAUAAUAAUUAUAAAUUUUUUUAACGUGACUUUGUGGUCAUUCUGAUGCACACAUAAAUUACAGUUUUUCGAGGUUGUAACACCUUAUAUCUUUUAAUCAACUUUAGGGUAAAUUAGCACUGAGGAUUUUGAACACUAGUGAUCACAUAUUUGUUUACAUUAAUAAUAGAACUUAUCUGAAAGACAAUGUGAAUAUGUCCUAUUAUCCGACGAUGCGGGUAAACUUUUCAAUGAAUUAUUAUUCUUGAUAAUUGUGUAUUUAAAACUAUAAAUUGUUAAUUCCUAUUAUGUAUAAUUUUAUACUUAAUUUUUUACAAAUGUACUAUUAAAUAGUCGCAAAGUAUUUUAUAUAUAUAAGUAUAAAUAUGUCGUUUUUUUGCUAAAUUGUUAAUUUUGACAUAUUUUACUUAGUGAUGUAGUACUUAUUUUAAAUAUACUAUUAAUGAUAAUAUUCCAUAAUUGUAUUGCACCAAAGUAUAC